ACAAUGCAUUUUGCGAGGACGGCCAUGAUCUGAUGAUGAUGAUAUCAUGGCCGCUUCAUGAAACAAACUUUUAGAGAGAGAAAGAGAGAAAGCUUAAACUUUUAGAGGGAGAAAGAGAGAAAGCUCAGAGAGAGAGAAUGCCUUCGGAAACGGAGAGGAGGGAGGCGAAAGAAGAAGAAGGCGAUGGUGAUUCACAGAGGGAUCACAAAAGUGGCCGUCAUCAACCUGAGUCAAACAUCUCUUCCUCUUUACAGGUAAGCCCCAAUCUCUCUCUAAGAAGCAGCUUGAUGGGUCGUGAUAUCUCGGAUAAACCCACUGAAAAUCUUCUCUCUCUAAACGUUCUUGAUGACCCAUCAAGGAAAAACAGAGUUUUUCAUGAGGGUGAUGGGUUUUUUUUGGGUGAGAAACGGCCAGAUUUUGGUGAAUUGAAAGAAAACGUUAGGAUUUCUCAUGAAUUGAAGCCAAAGGAUAAUGGGUCUUUGCAAAAAGUGGGAAAUCAUGGCGCCCAAGAACUGACCUUGAGUUACAUGUGCGAUAGUAUUAAGGUGGGUUUGCCUGACAAAGGGAUUUCGGGUAAAUUGUAUCAAAAUUCAAUGGAAGAUAUGCAUUUUGGAUUGGGUAAGGGGAAAUACAAGGGAAAAGAAGUUGUAAUUGAAGAAAAGGGUUCAGAUGAUUGUGCUGAUAAAUGGGUAGAGAGAGAUUUUCUGCAACUUAGGAGCGACAGGGAGAGAGAGGACUCGAGCCCCUGCAAAAAUGGUGAACCCUUUAAGAAGGGGUUAAAGAGAGAGAGUGAGAAAGAAGGGCUUGAGCUGUCAAAUGGUGAGAAGAAAGCUAAGAUGGAGACCCUUAAUCUCUCCCUUAGUCUCCCUGAUGUCUCACUAACUUUGGCUGCUGCCUCUACUAAUCUACAGAGUAAUUCCACUCCUAAUAUUGUGAAAAGAGCGGCUAGUAACCAAUCUCUCACUCUCUCUAAUAAUCACACCCGAACUUCUUCUGAUGAUUUUACUGCUUCUCUCUCUUACUCUUACUCGCACCCAUUUAGCCACAACCCCAGUUGUUCCCUGACCAGAAACUCCGCUGAGAAUUACGAAUAUUCAGUUGGUAGUUACCAUCUUUCUAGGAGAGAGAAUGAGGUUUCGAAUGGGAGAACUGAUCAAAUGUGGUAUGGCGGAGAAGGAACGAAUGGGUCAGUUCAUAGUAGAUUUAGAGCUGUUCCUGAUGUACCCAUUUACCAGAGAAGCAUUCCAAAUGGAAACUUGAAUCCUGAGAAGGUUUCGUCCUCUCAGAUUAUUGCCUCUGGAGCUCAAUCAGAACUUGAUCCAGUUGGACCCAAGAGAAGUGAUCCCAUCAUUAAUUAUUCGAGGCAUAGUUACCCAGCAAUGCCUGAAAAAGGGGUCAAGGAUUCGACCAUUGAUCUUUACAAAAGCAACAGUUUCGAGAAGAAAACAUUCUUCCCUCUAGAAUUGCCGGCAAAACAGAGGAGAGAGACACAAUCUUCUGAUAAUAGUUUAGUUCGAUCAGAGGAUAAAAAGAGGGGUUACGUUAAUGUAAACAGACAUUGCAGUGAUGGAGGGCAACCUUCUCGUGUGUACACAAAACCUGAGAGGAUUUUACAUGAUAUAGUUACUGAUUCAAUACCAACCAUGGCUCAUGCAAGUCAUGUGCUUCCUGAGGACUUGCUUGAAGCCACGAGACUAUAUCUCAAGAACCUCAUGGCAAGCCCUGAGAGAAGGGAGGAGCUAGCCAGUCUCCAAAGAAGACUUGAGAGAAGAUCAGACUUAACGUCUGAGACCCUCUCUAGAUCUCACAAGACCCAAUUGGACAUCUUGGUCACCUUAAAAACAGGCAUUUCAGACUAUUUAUUUUGGAAGAAUCCGUUUCCUACUUCUAAGCUGGUGGAGAUCUUCUUGCUCUCGAGGUGUAAAAACCCGACUUGCUCGAGUGUAUUACCUGUAGAAGAUUGUGACUGCAAGAUCUGUGCCAAUAAGGGGUUUUGCAGUGCUUGCAUGUGUCAAAUCUGUCUGAAGUUUGAUUGUGCAUCGAAUACUUGUAGUUGGGUUGGUUGCGAUGUGUGCUCACACUGGUGCCAUGCUGACUGUGGAAUCCAAAUGCAAUAUAUAAAGCCAGGCCCAAGUUUGAAGGAGAGUUCAGGGACUACUGAGAUGCAAUUCUAUUGCCUUGGGUGUGGCCAUACUUCUGAAAUGUUUGGUUUUGUUAAGGAGGUGUUCUUGUGUUUUGCAAGGCGGUGGAGUUUUGAAAUUCUGGUUAAGGAGCUUGACUAUGUGAGAAGGAUCUUCCGUUAUAGUGAAGAUCGCAAGGGUAAGGAGUUGCAUAAUAGGGCUGAGGAGUUGCUGAUGAAGAUGAACAAGAAACUUCUCUCUCCCUCUGAUGCCUGCAAUACCAUUCUACAAUUUCUGAAGGCUGGUGCUUCAGAUAUUUCUGGAUCAAAUUGCUCUUCUAAAGAGUUGGCAGUUGUGCAAAGAGAUGUCUCUGGUCAACCUCCUGUCCAUACUCAAGACCCUAUUUAUAGAGCCAACUCUUCUAGCAUCAAAGGGGACAUUCAUAGGAAUUCUAAUAGCCAUGAGAGAGUUACUGGUGAAGAAGUAGGGUUUCAGCGUAGUUUGUCAGAAAAGAAAGUCGGGUUUGAUAGUUUGGAGGGUCUUGUGAAGAUGAAAGAAGCAGAGGCAAUAAUGUUUCAGAGCCGAGCUGAUGAUGCCCAAAAGGAGGCAGAGGGGCUCAAGAGAAUCGCUCGAGCAAAGAGUGCGAAACUCGAAGAAGAGUAUGUUACCAAGCUUGCAAAGCUUUGCUUGAAUGAAGCAGAGGACAAGCGUAAAAAGAAGAUGGAGGAACUGAAAGUCUUGGAGAGCUCCCACUGUGAUUACCACAAUAUGAAGAUGAGGAUGGAAGCAGAAAUUGCAAGUUUACUUGAGAGAAUGGAGGCGACAAAGAAGCAAUGGGUGUAAGGUCCAUGGGUUUUUUGUUGCUUUUCGUUUUGGUUCCCAUGGCUCCUGGGCCUUGUAUGAUUGUGAGAGAGAGAGAGAAAGGGAGAGAGAGAGGGAGAGAGAGAGAGAGAGUGAUUUCUGAUGUUGCUAUAUUGUGUGAUACUUUCCUAAUUUCGGUCUAUAAUAUUCGGGUAGUUCAAGCCUGCAUGAAAUUGGUA